CAGGUAUGCAGACCCGGUCGCGUUCCCGCAAGUCUGGCUCGCUCACGCCUGCGCCUUCUUCCUCCCCCGCGCAGCAGCCAGCCAUCUUGAAGCAGGAGCCUGCUCCCUCGCGAACGCCGAGCCCUUCCUCUGCUCCCCUUGCCGAACCCGAGCCUGUUCAGGAGCAGAUAGCUGCUCCUGCUGAUCAGUUUACUACUCGGACGAAACGCGUUAAAUCGCAAAAGAAGAAGAAAUCGCGGUCUGCUUGGUCUGCUUUCCGUGCAGUUUUGGCUGGCCUCGUCCAUAUGUAUGUUCCGCUCCCUCUUCCUUCUACUUUCUACCUUUCUAAUUAGAGUCUUUAGCACUCUCAUAAACUACCUCCUCUACUUUGCAUUCGUCAAAUGCCCCUCGGAUCCCGACCACAACCCAACCGCCUGCCCAAAGCUCAACAGCCUGACGGCUCCCCUGCGCGACGCCGAAUUCACACAGCAGCACAUCACUCCCUACCUGAUCCGCGCGCAGGCUUCCUACGAUAAACAUCUCGCCCCUUCGGUUGCGCAGGUUGGCGAACUCGCGCAGAAACAGUACGAUGUAUACGCAAAGGACCGCGUCGAGAGCAUCAAGGACAGUCUUAAAGAGUACACCCCGGCCGAUGUGAAGGCCGCGCUGCAGACAAAUUGCGCCGUCUUGACCGAGAAGGCGGUGGAAGCGUCCAAGUAUGCGAAGCAGCAGGCAGUGCCGAUGGCAAAGGUGUUUGCGUCAAAAGCUCACCGAUUCGUGCAGCUCGUGUGGUUGCAUGUCAAGAUGGUGUACAAUAAGUAUAUCCUGUUUUACGCUCGCUCGAUAUACCACGACAGAGUUGAGAACGUAAUCUCCAGAGUGAUGGAGAAGGUGUUGCACACUGAGACAUCUUCCUUUGUCGACGUCGACUCCAACACAGAAAAUGCGGCAGCGACAGCGAGCGACGGCACUCCUACUUCUUCUCACUCGAUCGCACCAGUGACUUCCUCCUCAAACAAGCAGCUCUCUGCGGCCACACCCUACAUGACACCAAAGGCUGAGCCCGAGGACGAGGCGCAUCUCGAGCUGAUCCAGGCUGAUAUACUGUCCUGGAACGAGAAAUUCCGCAGCUCGGGCAAGUCGGCCAUCAGCUCGCUCUCAGAAGAUCUCGAAGGAUUGUUUGACGAAGCGCGCGUGGCGCUGAGAGACGCCGGGAGAACCAACCUGACUGUGGCUAGCGACAAGAUCGAGACAGUGCUGGGAUCUGAUAGUGCGCAGACGACGGAGGGCCUGCAGUAUAUUCUGUCUGACAUCUUGUUGCCAACCGCAGACAAGGUCCGCAGUGCGGCGGUCGAGGCCGCGAAUGCAGUGCUCCGCGAGGCUGAGCUGACGCGCAACUCGACGCUCGACAUCUUCCGAACGGUUACAAACGUAGGACUGCACGAACUCGCGCGGAAGUGGGCGGUGAUGGACGGUAUCACGUGGAAGGAUUGGAAGGAGUUCAAGCUGCUGCGGGACAUGGUUGAUGAUUUUGCGCAGGUGAUUGAGUCGAUUCCGAUUGAUACUAGUGUCGUGAGAAGUGCGCUCAAUCAUGUCGAUGGCGAGAUUGAUGCGUGGAUUCAGGAGGUUGAGGAUAAGAUUGAGAAGUUGUUGGAUGAGGCGCGGUUGCGGGAGGAGAAGGAGAAGGCGAAGAGCAGUAGUGAGGCGGAGGGUGCGGCGGAUGAUAAGACUGACGACAAAGAUGAGGAAGAUGAGGAAGAUGAGGACGACUACGACGAAGAUGAAGAAUAUGAUGAGGACGAGGAGCUGGAGCACAUUACGUCUACGCUGACGUCUACGGUGACAAUUGUGCGUUCAGUCCCGAGCAGUAGUGACGACAGCAGCAGUAGUAGUCUCGACAGUAGCUCAGAGGCCGUACACGACGAACUAUGAGCCGAAAAGAGACUGUAUAAUAAAUACACUAUACAUUUUGAAGAAGAAUUACGACUGCUGGAUCGGGAAGACAAGACAAUAAGCCAAGAUGCACGCCACAGCUGUCGGUCGAAAAUGACUAGCCAAUGCGGGUCGAGAAGUGCAAUCUGUGGCGCUGAUGCACCCUGAACCGGAGACUCUUUAAAUAGAACGGUGACCGAAUGCAUUUAUCCAGGUCCGGUGAGGACAUGCAAAGCUGUUGAUGAGGAUUACACAUAAAAAGAAUCCUCUAAAUACGGCAGUAUAGUACUCUUCUUCUUUUCAAGUAGAUAUAGUAAGGCAAG